UUUUUUUUUUUUCUACUUUUUGGCGUCGUUUUGGGGUCUUUGGGGUGGUGUAAAAGAGCCAGGGGGAGGGGGGUGAUAACCAGUCAAGCUGGGACCUGGAACGUGGCGAUGCAUCGGGAUGGAGAGGAUAACAGGAUGCCUGGAGAAGUGGUUGAAGCACCAUCCCUGGAGGUAUUUAAAAGCUGGGCAGACAUAGUGCUUAGGGACGUGGUUUGGUGAUGGUUUUUAUCAGGGUUAGGUUGGUGGUUGGACUAGAUGAUCUGAAAGGUCCCUUCCAACCUGGGCAAUUCCAUGAUUCUAUAAGGGUGAUGAUGGGGAUGGAGGGGUUAAAGGUGCUGGUGGUCCCUUGGUCCCACCAUGUGCAUCCCAUCACUGCAUCCCUAAUUUUCCCCUCCCCCGGGGCAGCUGGAGCUCUGACCUAGAGGAGCUGAGCUCCAGCUGCCCUGGCUUGCCCCGGCAAUGAUUUACUAGCCCGAGGGGCCGCUCCCAGCCUCCACCCCGUGGACCUUGGAGCCGGGGCCUGGUUACGCCGUGGCUCCUCUCCACCAAAAAUGUUCUCUCUGGGGUCCUGGCUGCCGGGGCUGGCGUGGGGCUGGGCGCUGCUGGAUGCCCUGCUGCAAGGGUUGGUGGGUGCCUGCGCCGUCUCGGUGCUCUGCAGCCUCCUGAAGGUUUAUCUCUACAUCCAGUGCCUGAAUGACCCCCAGAGGCAGGCGGAGAAGGAGGCCAUCCGGGCGCAGCGGUGGGUGCUGGAGCUGCUGCACGUGGUGGUGCUGACGGCCCUGCUGGCCCUGGUGGGCUCCCGGGUGGCUGCGCUGGUGGUCCUGGAGUUCUCCCUGCGGGCCAUCUCCACCCUCCUCUCCCUCGGCAAGGGUGCCCACAGCAGCCAGCUCUACCUGCUGUGCCAGUACUCGCUGGGCUGCGGGGUCUCCUGCGCCCUCAGCUUCUUGCUGGAAGGGGCUCCCCACUCCACCUGCAACCUGGCGCUGGCGGCGGGGCUCGCGGGGCUACUGGCCACCUACGCCCGGCGCCUGGCCCACCACGUCUGCACCCUCUACGAGCUGCACAGCACGGCCCGUUACUGCGGCGUCUGCAUCCUCCUCCUCGCCGCCGGGCACGGCAUCCCCCGGCUGCUGCGGAAGGCGCUGGCCGUCACCUUCGCCGUGGCCGACCUGGCCGCCGUGGCCCUCAUCAACCGCGACUUCCUCUCCACGGCGGAGGCCAUCCGCUUCUGGACGCCCCUCACCAUCUGCUACACCCUGCUCGUCAUCCACAUGCAAGAGGAGUCGCGGCAGAGCACGGCCGGGCUUUACCAGACGGUGCUGGUGCGGAUGGGCGGCCUCUUCAUCCUCCUCCUCACCGUCGGCCGUUGGAGCGACGUCCUCCACGUCCUGCUCUCGCUGCUGGGAGAGCUGUGGUGCCUGCUGCGCGCCGGCGUCAUGCUGGAGGCCUGCUGGCAGCAGGAUUUCGGCCAGCAGUCGCGGUCGGACAGGCAGUUGGGAUCAGGAUCGGGAUCGGGAUCGGAGGAGACGUCUUGAUGAGCUCUGAGAGCAUCAGAAACUUAGGGUGGCUUUGCCCAGCUCCCCAAAACAUGGGCACCCCCCAAACCCUUCCCAUCACAGAUCCCCCAUGGGGACGAAGGCAAAAGGGCUCCCGGGAGGUGCUCGACCCCAUCCCGUGUGGUGGGGGAGUUUGUGGGGAGGCUCACGCGGCCCCUCGUUUUUUGGGGGGGCCCCACGAGGCUGCGGUGGUGCUGGGGGUUUGCUCCCUGGUCCCCCCGGGGACGUGGGAUGCUGUCGGAUG